AUGGGCAACUCCUCCAGGAAGGGUGAGGGGGAAGACGAGGAAGAUGGUGCAAAGGAUGGCGAAGAAGAGAAAAUCACAGCAAAGAAAGAAGAAGUGGAAGAGGAAGUAGAGGAAGAACUUCCACUGGGGGUGGAGGAGUUAUUGGAGAGUGGAGAUCCUGUGUUGGACCUGAGCUACCGUAAAUUUAAGAAGUUACCUUUGCGUGUUUGUGGCCUGAUGCAUCUGGAGAAGCUUUAUCUUUGUGGGAAUAGCUUGCGUACACUGCCAGACAGCAUCACCCAGCUACAGGGUCUUCGGACACUCGCCCUCGACUUCAACAAGAUAGAAGAUGUUCCCCUAACUGUUUGCCAGCUCAACAACCUCACCCGUCUCUACGUAGGCAGUAAUCGGCUGAUGAACUUCCCACCUGAACUGAGGAACCUGCAGAAUCUGAGAUGUCUGGGGAUGGAGAGCAACUUUUUCCAACGAUUUCCACGGGAGCUCUACGAUUUGCCCCACCUCAAGUCCCUGCAGAUGGGGGACAACCGACUGAAAACGUUACCUCAUGACCUCUGGCGCAUGGAGGCUCUGAGGGGAUUAUGGCUGUAUGGAAACCGCUUUGAAACCUUCCCUAAAGUCCUGCUGCGAAUGGAAGCCUUGGAGAUCUUAGACAUGGAUCGUAAUAAAAUAUCAGAGAUCCCCAGCCUGAAGCGUCUCAAAGCCCUGCGCCUUUUCUCCUAUGAUCACAACCCGAUCAAGGAACCUCCAAAAGUGGGUGAGGAUGUCCUUGUGGUCGGGGAAGGAGCUGCAGAGUUCUUGGAGUUGCGUGAAGCUCGGAAGGAGAGACGACGAAAGGCUGCUGAGAAAGAAGCAGAGGAGCAAGCCAUGGCGGAAAUGCUGGCAGAGGAGCCAGUGAUUCACGGCAUCCUGAAGAACAGCAACUCUAACUCAAAACAGGCAACAAAUGAAGCUACGGUAGCAAUUGUGGACAUAGAUGCUAAAGAGGAAGAGGUCCAGAUGAUGGAGGAAGAGGGAGGGUGCGCAGAGCUCCCAGUCACAGAGUAUGAUGGAGCUGAACUUGAAUAUGAUGAGGAGGUGAUUGAAUAUGAAAAGGAGGAGUUGAUCUGUGAGGGAGAGGGCUUUGAGUAUGAAGGAGAGGAGCUGGAGUAUGACAGGGCUCAGAUGGACUAUGAGUAUGAAGAUGGGGAGGAGCUGGGGGACACAGGGGGACAAGAUGAAGGGGCAUGA